GAUCCAACGAAUCAAUGACUAAAUUAAUCGGCAACUAUUUUAAUAAUCGAUUUUAAUCGAUUUAAUCGAUUAGUUGUUGCAGCCCUAGUGAGUAUAUGUGUAUUUGUAUGUACAAUAUAUUUGACUCCCAGUGUGUGUGGGAGCCAGAGUACGGCUCCAGCCACCCAGAGAGCCCAACCCACAAACAGCAGGUGUGGUGCCCAGGGAACCAGGGACCACCGGCCCCACGCAGCCAGCCCGGCCAGCGACAGGAACCCCAGAGCCAGGCCCACCGUGCCGCCCGUAAGAGCCAGCAGCAGGCCGCAGACGGAUGCACCCGGCAGAGGACAAGGCAUGAGAGAAGCAGGGGACAGCCAGACCUCAAGCCAGCGAGAGACCACACCCCACAUGGGCAGAAAGGCGGGACGCCCCGCCCGGCGGGCCCAGAGAGUCGCCGCUACCGGACGGGAAGACCGCCCCCGCCCCACCAGCAACCGGGCCCCCACGAGCCCACCCCCCGCCCCCGGAGAGCACGGCGCAGCCCGCCCACGGCCACCCCACCCGAGCCGACCGCCGCAGGACCGCCCAGCACGGGACCACGGGAACCACCCAACCCACCCGCAGGGACCCCAACGAUGGAGAUGGAACAACCAGCAACCACCCUGUCGAGUUCCCCUCCUGAGAAGAGGGGAAAAUUAAAAAUAAUCAAAUCCCUUUUUGAGAACCGGUUCCCGUUAUCGAGGCCACUACAGUAAAGAAAAAUAGUUGGUUCUUUAUUCGAAUCCCUGGGAACGAAUCCCAUCCCACAGGAAAUGCCCUGUGGCACGUCCCAGGAAAUGACGUAGCUCAGUCAUUAGGCGGCAGAUGCAGAAGCAUCAACAACAAUGGACCGUAAAAAACGCCCCAAGGCAUGGCUUCAUUUUACAAAAAAAUACGACGAGGAAACGGCUAUCUGCAAUUAUUGCCAGGCUUCGCUCUCAUGUAAGGGGUGAAGUACAACAAGCAUGAUGAAACAUGUUUAGGCCGUACAUAACCUGAAGGUUAGAGAAAGGUGUCGUGGAGAAGCAGCGACAGAGAUGACGAAGCAAACCCCUCUUCCUCUGCUUCAACCUGCAGCGCCAAUUCCAGUGUUAGUGCUGGACAAGGACGUGCAGUCAUUCCUGGAGGAGGCCAUACUGAUGGACCCCAGAAAGAUGUUCCAAUAGCAGCAGAAGUGCACUUUUUGGAGAGCUGUAUUAUUUUCAGUUUCGUGCCCAAGGGACUGAUUUUGUUUAACGCUAUAUUAUUAUUUAUACACCUAUAGUGAUCACAGAGACAGGUUGUUUUUGUGUUACUGUAUAUAUUUGUUUUUUCUGAAAAAUCCCACUUAAUAUACUUUGGGUAAAAACAGUCAAUAUUUAUUUAUUUUUUAAAAAUUUUUAGGGGGGUAACAAUAGUCAAUAUUUAUUUAUUUAUUUUAUUGUAUUUUUUUCUUAUAAAAUAAAAGUGAGCUUUUGUUAAACCAA